AACCUCUGCUGCGCCUACAUCAGCCUGUGAUGAGCGUGUUGAAGUCGCGUUUAUCGCGAUUUUUGCUGCUCACAAACAUGGCGGCCUCCUCGAGCAAAGGUGGCAGAGAAAAACACAAUUCUGAUUCUACUUCAAAAGAAGACCCCGAGACUGAACCAGAAGAGUUUUGUCCAGGAUUUAAAGAUGUCGAUGCAUUUGUUAAGCAUGGUCUGGGGACUGUCGUCGGUGCCACGAAAGCCUCAGCAGCUCUGCCUCAAGCAGGGGACGACUUUGAUUUUUACAGAAGCUUCCCAGGAUUCCAAGACUUCUGUGCCACGCAAGGGGAUGCGAUUCUGCGUUGCAUGGGCCAGAUCAUGCAGCACCAUGGCUGUAGGUCUCACUUGAGAGAUCGCAGCAAAAUCGCAGCAAUGGAAGAACGAUUUGAUCUGGUGGUUGAUGCCAAUGAUUCCAUUCUGGAGAAAGUGGGUAUUAUGCUUGAUGAAGCUGGAGGGGUAAACAGAACCCAACAGCCUGUCAUGCCAGAAGGCUAUCAGCCUCCCAAAGUUGUGGUCUCCAGCUGGAAUCGAAAGGGAAGUGGUUCUGGUCGCAGUCCAGAGAAUUUCAAAAUGCUGCAUUCCAAAAAUGUCCAGCGGCCACAGCUGAGGUUCAAAGACAAAGUGGACAACAGCAACACGCCGUUCAUCCCCAAGAUCUUUGUAAAGCCCAACGCAACAGUGCCUCUGCCUACAUAUUUCACUAAUAAGCACGUCCAGAAGCAGCGGCCGGAGGACUUGGAUGUUCCUGCAGCUCUGGCAGACUUCAUCCAUCAGCAGAGAACUCAGGAGCACAUGGAGGACAUGUUCUCCCAUCCGUAUCAACAUGAGCUGGAGCAUUUGACUAUGCCUGAAAGCCUAGAACAAAGAGCAGAGCCUCAGAUGUACAAACCAUUGGACGAAACCAGUUGCCACUUUGUCGACACCUUGGAUGAUCUGGUCUCCUUGAAUGAGAAGCUGUGCAAGACCACUGAAUUUGCAGUGGAUUUGGAGCAUCAUUCCUAUAGGAGUUUCCUUGGCAUUACCUGCUUGAUGCAAGUUUCAACAAGAGAUGAAGACUUCCUAAUAGACACUUUGGAAUUACGCAGUGAGAUGUACAUCCUGAACGAGUGUUUCACAGAUCCCAACAUUGUUAAGGUAUUCCAUGGGGCAGACUCAGACAUUGAGUGGCUGCAGAAAGACUUUGGUCUUUAUGUGGUCAACAUGUUUGACACGCACCAGGCAUCACGUGCCCUCAACCUCGGUAGGAACUCGCUGGAUCAUCUGCUGAAGGUGUUCUGCAACGUGGACUCAGACAAGCGGUACCAGCUGGCUGACUGGAGAAUACGGCCUCUGCCAGCUGAGAUGGCGCAGUAUGCCAGAGAAGACACCCACUACCUGCUGUAUGUCUAUGACCGGCUGAGGUCGGACCUUCUAGACGUGGGAAGGGGCCUGCCAUCAGUCCUGCUUUCUGUCUGGAAUAGGAGCAGGGAGCUCUGCCUGAAGAAAUAUCUCAAGCCCAUCUUCACGGAGGAGUCCUACAUGGAGAUGUACAAGAAGCAGAAAAAGGUUUUCAACUCUCAGCAGCUGGCGGCCUUCAGACUCUUGUAUGGUUGGAGGGACCGAAUCUCAAGGGAGGACGACGAGAGCACUGGCUAUGUUUUACCAAAUCACAUGCUGAUGAAGGUCGCAGAGUUAUUGCCAAAAGAGCCCCAGGGCAUCAUCGCCUGCUGCAACCCUGUGCCCCCCAUGGUGCGCCAGUGCAUCAACGAGCUGCACCAGCUCAUGAAGGAGGCCCGGGAGAUGCCACUUCUUAAGAAUGAAGUGGUGGUAGAGAAAAAGAAAAUCAUCACCCCUAAAAGACAGCCCUUGGAGUCGUCUCUGUUUUCUCCCCAUGACACAUCCCGCUCAGAAAGUGAUAUGGGCAACUUGUCAUCCUUUCAAGAGACCCCAAUAAAACGUGGAGUCCUCUUCUCAGAAGAAGAGGAAGACAAAAGUGAAUCUGAUACACAAGCUCUGGUUGGAAUCCUCGCUUCAGCUAAAGUCACACUAUUUGAGGAAGUACCUGAGAAGGUUCCUGAUAGACUGACUGUUGCACAGCAGAAGGCUCAUAUGAUCAUGGAGUCGUUUGAGAACCCCUUCAGAAUGUAUUUACCCUCCAAGGACAUUCAUAUUUCUAAAAAUGCUAAAUAUGACCCAUCUACUAAGAUCUAUGAGAUUAGCAAUAGGUGGAAGCUUCGAAGUAUUGAAUCGCAGCAGAAAGAAGCCCAGGAAAAGCAGAAAGCAAAGGAUCAGGAGAGGAAAGCAAAAGCGGAACGUCUCAAAGCCAAGAAGAGUUACCAGGAAUCUCUUCAAAACGUUGCUACUGUUCGGGAACAGACACUAGAGGCUGCUGGGCAAACGGGAGGAAAGAAGAGGGAGAGGGUGGACAGCGAGGAGACUGAGCAAACCCCUAAGCCCGAUAGCAAGGUGCCGAAGCCUGCUGAGAGGCCAGAGGACGUUCACUCAGUUCCUGUUGCCAAGGCCAAAGCCAAGAAGGCUGCAAAGCAGAACGCCACCGCCCAGCAGGAGGCUCAGUCAGAGCCCUUCACCCCCUUUGACUACAGCAAGUCAAACUUCAAGAUGUUCUCAGGAGGGAAGGGUAAUGAUUCUACACAGUUUGACCCAAACAGAGAUGUCCAGGAACCACAUAGAAAGAAAAAUCCUAAAGGGGGUAAGCAAGGUGGAGCAGGAGGCAGAAGCAUGUCCUACAUGGCUGGCAAAUCUAACCGGGGAUUUCGUCACAACUGGCCAAAGAGAUAGACUUGUUUUUUAUCUUCUGUACAUGAAAAAUGUUGAAUAAAAUCAGGUGUGCGUUAUCUUCCCUACUCCCAAACCAUGUUCAUUAUUUGUUCAUAAACUGUUUUUAAAUAAAGAAUUUUGAAUAUCUUAA